AUGGAUAAAUUAAACAGCAAGCAGUCUGAACUUGAAAAGGCUAACAAGCGGAUCGAGACACUUAUUUCCGAUAUGGAGGAGCUGAGAUCAUCAAAUGCUGAAAAGGAUGAAAUAAUUGAGAGCUUAAAAGCUGAAUUGUCUCAGAAGGAGGCUGAUGCAAGUAGAUUCCAAGAGGCUUCAAAAAUUUCUUGGGAUGUAGAAUUGUCAAGGAAGUCCAAAACCGCUUCUUGUACACCUGGAGAAGACUCUACCCCUCAUGUUUCUGAUCUUCAGAAGAACAAUGAAAAGGGAAGCAGAAGCACGAAGAGAAAAAAAGAUGAUGCUAUACCCCUUUCCGAAACUCCGAAAUUGUUCACGCCUACAUUCAAAGUUCCGAGAUUGAAAACCUCGUCUCCCAAGAUAGGAUGA